AUGGGGCGGCAGGAGGUUGAAGCAAAUCAGCAACCCGCAGUUCUAAGCACGGAACAACUUAGCUCCGGGAAUCCCCGUGUUAUCGCUUAUCGUCCGUCCUCCACGCGACUUUCUUCUCGUCCCUUGUCCUCGUCCCAACCAGUCCACGACUCCACGAUGGCCACCGACGAGGCUAUGGAGGACGUGCAGAUGGGCGCGAAGAGGCCUUUGAUUGACAUGGAAUCCCUGAAGCGCAAGAAGUUCAAGGCCGAUGACCUCCCGAUUUCUGCUACGCAACAUGCGGCCAUCGAUAAACUCCUACACUCAUUUAAGAAGAAGGGCGGAUUUGACAGCAUUCGGAAACAAAUAUGGGCUGAAUUCAACGAUGGGGACCGGAAGACCAACUUCACGAACCAAUUGAUCGCAUUAGCAGAAUCGGAGAUCGAGCGCGAACCUGCACACCUUUCCCGCGAGAGGGGCAAGGCCGCGACACUUAUUGAAGGUGCCGUCGAUCGAAGCGACGUCUACAAGAAUGUCGAGGAUUCGAUAGAUCAACUAGCGUCCAAGCAUCUACAGACUAUUCUGGAUUCGGUCCGCGCGAUUCGUCGUGAAGAGAUCGGAGAAGAGGCAGCUUCCAAAGAAGAGAUCUCUGGCAGCAAAACAGACGAGGACUAUGAAGCUUUUGUUAAAGUGAAGCGAGAUGAGCGAGAGAAGAUAUGGCGCGAAGAAAUGCGCAAACAGAAAGAACUCGAGGAUGAACAAAAGCGCCUCAAGGAGGAGGAACAACGGAAGAAGCGUGAAUUGGAGCGACAGAGAGAAGAGGAAGAGAGGGCCAGGAGGAAAGAGAUUGAUGACAAACGACGGGCCGAACGUGAGCGCAUGCGUGAGGAACAACGGGCACUCGACGAGCAACGAGAUCGAGAGCGAGAGGAGCGAUACGAACGAAGAAGACGAGAGGAUCGAGAUAGGUAUCGCGACUGGGAUCGUGACCGUCUCCUCGAUCGCUCCCCCGCUUAUCGGUCCGAUCGUGGACUUUCACCUCGCAGCCGGGACCCGAAACGAGAGAAAUCCACUGCGUCCAAAGACCCAACUCCUGCGCCAAUACUCCCUGCUGUGGAUGAAAAGUCACUGGAAGAGGCUGCAUUGCAAAUGCUCUUGAAAGAAGGUGAAGAACUUGCUGCUAAAGCUCGGCAAAAGCGGGAGUUCGAUUUCGAGGAGGCCGAAGCUAUCGAGAACGGCCUCAAGCCGCCUUCUACUUCUGCGCCAGCCAAGAAUUCUACCGCCUCCACUAGAGCUCCCAGUCAAUCCAGGAACUCCAGAAGGGCUGACUCCACUAUCGGCCGCUCUGAUCGCACUCGAAAUCCCACUAGAGAUCGAAGUCGCAGCCGAAGCCGCUCUCGUCGACGACACACCUCACGUUAUGAUCCUGACCGUCGUCGGGAUCGCUCCCGGGAUGGUUCAGUGAGAUCUCGGGACCGUGACAUGGAGGAUCGCCGUGGCUACCGCGACUUCCGUGAUUUCCGCGAUGAGCGUAGCUAUCGGCCCGCGCGGCGCAGCCGUAGCCGAUCAGCCGGCAGAGAAGGGCGGGACAGAGAUCGUGAUCGCGAGCGCGAACGUGAAAGAGACCGCAGCGCGGACAGAGACAGACCUCGAGAUCGGGACCGUGACCGUGAUCGGAAGCGAUCUAGAUCUCGUGAACGAGACCACGACCGGCACCGACCCAAUCGUAGCCGCGAUAGAAGUCGAGAUCGGGAUCGUGGUGGUGACGAUUAUCGUCCUCGACGAGCUCGGUCUCCCUCCCGCCGACGCUCACGCUCGCGCUCUCGCCACCGACCUCGCAGCCGAGAUCGCCCCCGUUCACGUUCACGAUCCGCUGCUCCUAGACGGCGCUCUCGUUCCAAGUCAAACAUGCGACGAAGGUCACGAUCUCGUCGCCGAUCCCCCCCACGACGGGCCUCUCCCGGCUCUUUGGACAUCGACCGUUAUGUGCCUGUGACAAGCACCCGCAGCAGAUCUCCUAGACGCCGAGUCCGAUCUCAGGAGCGAGACCGUGACCGAGGGAUGGGUGAUAUUGAUCGAUACAUCCCUGGUUCCGAACGGGCAAAAGAUUCCACAGGCAACCAUGGAGAGGCCGAAGCCGCGCCCCCAGUGGAGUCAGCCAAGGAUACAGAUGAUCGCAGGACUCGUCGCCGCAGUCGCAGUCGUCGAAGAAGUCGAAGCCGACGACGAAGCCCUAGUUGGCGAAGGAGUCGCAGUCGCAGACGGAGUCGAAGCCGGUAG